ACUACAUUCCAGCUUAAUGUAUGUGGUAAAGUUGAGUCAGGGUGUUUGUCCUCUAAUGGAAAACAGUUAUCAGAAAAUGUAAGUGCCUGUGAAAUUGAUUCAGAAGGUUCUGUGAGAAAUUUAGCUGUAUCAGAUUCAUAUUUUCUUAGCUAUUCUACUGGGAGAGAUUUGUCAAUUACCUACAAGUAUUUUGAUGAAAGUUUCCAAGAAGGUGUGAUAAUAAAGUUUCCAUGUCAUAACACAACAGCAGAUCCACAUCUGAAAUUCAUAAUGUAUGAUGAUAAGAAUAGACAAUAUAUUUUUGAGAUGAAGACACCUUUGACCUGUAUCCGUUCACACUUUGAUUGCAAUGUGUUUGAUCAGUAUGGAAAUGAAUAUGAUUUAAGUCCUCUUACAAAGUAUAGAGAAGGUAAUUGGGAGGUUGCAGACAGUAGGCCAAACCAUUCACAUUUAAGGUAUCAUAUAAAUAUUUGUCGACCCUUGAACAAAGUUAAUGGUUAUAAAUGUCCUACUGGCUUUUCAGGAGCCUGUCAAACUAAUGUUUUGCAAAAUGGAAGUAUAGGUCAUGAUCUUGGAUCACAAAUGAAUGAACCUCUGGUGAAUGAUAAAGGUAUCAUAGUUCUUCGUUAUACCCAUGGUUCCUAUUGUAAUAAUGGUCAAUUUAAGCGUAGUACAACAGUAAAUUUUUUCUGUUCUGGAGAACAUGAAGACUUAAAAUUUAUCAGAGAAACUCCAGAAUGUGAAUAUAUUUUCUCAUUAGGAACUCCUGUUGUGUGCCCUAUUCAAAACAGUGUUGGUGGUGUUUGCACAAUUAAAGAACCGUUCUUUGGAUACAUUUUUGAUUUAAAUCCUCUAAAGAAUAAAAAUAAUUACAAUUUAACUGUAGGUGAAUAUAACUUUUAUUUUAAUGUUUGUGACAAAUUAAACGGCUUCAAGAAUGCAUGUAUGAAUUCAAGUGCUUGUCAAACAAAACCUAAAGAACCUUCAUUUUCAAUAAGCUUCGGUCUGCCAAAUGAUCAUCUUGUUUAUCGAAAUGGGGUACUUACUCUCGAAUAUACAUCAGAUGCAAACUAUUGUCAUGGGAAAUACAGUAGCUCUAUUAAAAUUAUAUUUACUUGUCACCAAGCUCUUGAAGUUGGACCAUACUUUGUGUCAGAAACUGAAGAUUGUACAUUCUUAUUUGAAUGGCCUACUGUACAUGCAUGCCCACCAUUUAAUGUCGUAGAAUGUUCUGUUAUAGGUGACAAUGGUGCUUAUUAUGAUUUAAGCAGAUUAUCUCUACCUAAUAAAAAUUAUUAUGUUAAACAUCCUUUGUAUGAAAAACAUUUUGUGAUUAAUGUAUGCCGUAGUUUAGUGCCUGCACUAGAUUUUGUUUGUCCUUAUACUUCUGGUUCGUGUUUAGUUGAUAUUUCAAACCAUCCUGUUGAUGAACCAGUAAAUCUUGGUAGAGUUAGUCAAGGACCAUAUAUAGAUAAUGGUAAGCUAAAAAUAAACUAUACUUCUGGAGAUCCUUGUUAUGCAGAAGGAACAGAAACUGAAAGAUUCAUGCAGACAGUUAUUGAAUUUAUUUGUGAUCACAACAGUAUAGAUAGCAAACCAGAAUUUCUAGGAAGCAAUGGGUGUACUUACUAUUUUGAUUGGCAUACCAUAUAUGCUUGUGAAAGUGAAUCACCAAAGAUUGGUGGUAAUUGCACUGUCGAAGAGCCUUUUACUGGGUAUUUGUUUAAUCUCUCAUCAUUAAAAAACCAUGGAUUAUUCAGGUAUGAAAAAGAUAAUCACCAAUAUUACCUCAGUGUGUGUUGUAGUGAUGAUACUAGUCCAUGUGAUGUUGAUUCUGGCAUGUGUCAGGAAAUAUUAACUGGCACAACCCAGCACUGGAGUGGUGGAAAGUCUAACAUCCACUUGAUAUACAGCAAUGGAAUUAUAUUUUUAAAUUACAGUAAUGCUGACUUAUGCCAUAAUAGUCGUUUUACACGAAAAACAUUAAUAAAAUUUCAUUGUGGGCAUGGAAUAGGUGAACCUGAACUUUUGCAGGAAACCCACAAUUGCACAUAUUAUUUUAUUUGGAAAACUAAAUUUGCUUGUCAAACGUUGUUACAUAGUGCUAUAAAAAAUGGAAGCCAGUAUUAUGAUUUGACAAGCAUAGCAGCUACAUCUCAUCUAGCAGAAUCUAGUGUUUUAAAUGAUAAUGCUUCAUAUUACAUAAGUAUUUGUAACUCAUUACAAAAACUACCAGAACUUUUAUUUCCUCCAGGGGCUGCAAUUUGUCGGGUUCAGGUUGAUGGUUCUACAGAAAAAUAUGCAUGCAAGACUGUAUUCUUGUGGGAAACAUCAUUAGCAUGUCAAAAGCUGCAAAAACCGUGUGCUUUUGAUAUUGAUGGGAUCCAUUAUAAUUUUAAUCUUCUUUCAAGUUCAUUGCAUAAUUUUAAUACAUCAGACAGUAAAAACAAAUAUAGCAAGAUUAUGGAUAGUUUAAAGAGUUUGAAGAGCACAAAGCGUUAUGUCUUGCAUGUUGCAGCAAUGAUUUUUGAUCCAAUUGGUUUUGCAGCUCCAUUUGUAGUUAGGAUUAAGUGUUUGCUACAGGAAAUUUGGGAGCAACAUGGUAUGGGUUGGGAAUGA